AUGGAUCGCGGAGAUGCUCAGGUAUACAAAGCCUACCAAAAGCAGCCCACCGUGAGUGUGGCCAAGCUUGAGAAGUUGGGCCGUAAGGCUCGUUACUGGAGGGAUGUUGGUAUGGGCUUUACCACUCCCAAGGAGGCUAGGGAAGGCACCUACAUUGACAAGAAGUGCCCCUUCACCGGCAACGUCUCCAUUCGUGGGAGGAUCAUCAAGGGUAUGGUCAUUUCUACGAAAAUGAAGCGCACCAUCAUCAUGCGCGUCAACUACCUCCACUACGUGAAGAAAUACAACCGUUUCGAGAAGCGCCAUAAGAACAUCCCGUGCCACUGCUCGCCUUGCUUCGAGCCCAACGCCGGUGACAUCGUAACUGUCGGCCAGUGCAGGCCCCUCUCCAAGACCGUUCGUUUCAACGUGCUGAAGGUGGAGAGGAACCAGAUUUUCGGUAACCCCAGGAAGCAAUUCCGCCUCUUCUAA